UCCCGCCCAGGAUACCUCCAUGGCUCCAAGCGCUCUUUUCCUGGAACCCAGCGCUCUGCUCACGCCCAAAGAGAAAAACAAACUGAGGAAGCCCGUGGUGGAGAAGAUGCGCCGCGACCGCAUCAACAGCAGCAUCGAGCAGCUGAAGCGACUGCUGGAGACCGAAUUCCAGAGGCGCCAGCCCCACUCCAAGCUGGAGAAGGCCGACAUCCUGGAGAUGACCGUCAGCUACCUGAAACAGCAAACUCACCUGCAGGUCAAAGCUGCCGGGGCCUUGCACAAGACUUCCCAGCUGGACUUCAAGGAGGGCUACUCCCGCUGCCUGCAGGAGGCUUUCCAUUUCCUCUCCCUGCACAAAGUCCAGACGGAGACCCAGACCAAACUCCUGAGCCACUUUCAGAAGACCCCCGUGCCUGCCCCUGAGGGCCUCUACCCUCUGUUUCCCCCAAACCCGCCCAAGCAGGCCGCUCUGAAGACCCCCAGCCCUCUCUGGAGACCCUGGUAGACCAGGACACUGUCCGGACGCCUGGACGCUUUUCCUCUCUAUUUCCUUCUAAAUGUGAAAUCCAGAGGAAGGAGGGGCGGGGGGCUUCCUUGA